CAAACCCUAGCCCUCUUUUCCUCCCCUCUGGCCGCCGCAACCUUUCCGUUCUCCCCAUCUUUUUCCCCUUUGAUGUCACAGGCCGCCGUCGCGCCGGUCGUCCCUGAUCCCAUAUGAAGCCAUCUCUAGCUCCGCCGUGCGACACUGAUUUUCCUAGGCACACGCGCGCAACGAUUCGAGCAAGGAAUCGUCGACUUCAUCGUCUUCUUCAUCUCUGGGUGCCACGCUCCGGCAAAGUUUCUGGCUGCUACAGUCAUCUUCCGGCGCCAUGGACACUGCCCUCGACUUCCUGGUCGCAACCAUGUCCGUCGUCUACAUCUUCGACCAUGUCCGCGCGCACGCCAAGGACUCCAAGCACGUCUGCUUCCUGGUCUGGCCUCCUGGCAUUUGCUUCUUCCCGGAUAGGAUUGCGAAGUGGUGUUGUGAGAUACGACAAGUUCUCCGGAUGUUUCUCGGCAAGCUUUAACAGGUAUGAAGAUAUGUUUGAUGAAGACAACGUUAGCAAGGUUACCCUUCCGGCUUGGCCUGGGCAGGGUUAUGGACGCCACUGGUUAUCUUCAGGACUCUUAGUCCAAAUUUGUAUCUUGUCCGUACUCGGAUGUAUUUGAUCUUCUGUAUGAUUUGGAUCUUUGUAUGUAUCUAUUUGUAUUCUUGACUCGUUGGAGUCGUUGUUGUAAUAUAUGUUUAUUGUGGGCUCUAUUGUAA